UUAACGCGCUUCUGAGCGGUGCUGAUGAGUCUCUUCCAAUUUACCGCUGGAAGGUUGGUUCCCCAAGCGUACCGUGGGCUUCAGGCUGCUGCUACUUCAAAGAAACAGAAGUUUUCCUUAGAGAUGGCUCGUCCCAGUUCAAAUAUGGCUGAUUUUCGAGAAGUGUUUGCCAAAGCGAAGCAUAUAGCCAUCAUCACAGGGGCCGGCGUUAGUGCGGAGAGCGGGGUUCCUACCUUCAGAGGGGCUGGAGGUUUCUGGAGAAAGUGGCAAGCCCAGGAGUUGGCUACGCCAGCGGCUUUUGCGCGAAACCCUUCUCGUGUAUGGGAAUUUUACCAUUACCGCCGGGAAGUGAUGUUGAGUAAACAUCCCAAUCCUGCGCAUAUCGCCAUUGCAGAGUGCGAAAGGCGGCUGAGCAAGCAAGGAAGGAGCGUUGUGGUCAUUACUCAGAAUAUCGAUGAGCUACACAGAAAGGCAGGCACAAAGCACCUCUUAGAAAUUCACGGUAGUUUAUUUAAAACUCGGUGCACCAACUGUGGAAACGUGGCUGCCAAUUACAAGAGUCCCAUAUGCCCCGCAUUGGCCGGCAAAGGGGCUCCAGAUCCUGAAACAGAAGACGCCACGAUUCCAGUUGAAGACCUUCCUCAGUGUGAGGAGGACGGCUGCAAUGGGCUCCUCCGUCCCCACGUUGUGUGGUUUGGUGAAACCCUGGAUCCUGACGUUCUCACAGAGGUUGAGAAGGAGCUUGAGAUAUGUGACCUCUGCUUGGUAGUCGGGACCUCCUCCGUGGUGUAUCCUGCUGCUAUGUUUGCCCCUCAGGUAUCCGCCAGAGGCGUGCCAGUUGCAGAAUUUAACACGGAAGCUACUCCUGCUACAAACAGAUUCAGGUAA